AUGCUCCCCCUGCCCCCUGGCAUCCGCCUCGGCAGAAGGCUGAUCCGGUUCAGCCCCUGCUCUUCGCGAUCCGUGCUUGCUCCCACCAGCAUGCUCACCGCCGAGCCCAGUCUGCUGUCCCAGUCGCCAUGGAUCCGCUCGUUCCAUGUCCAUGGCCGAUCCAUCCCAAACCCAAGCCCGCCAUCCCAGGACCCUCGUUCUUCCUCCUCGUUGCCAGGGGUGCCGCGUCCCCAGAAGCAAAGCCUACCCCUGGAGCUGAUAUGCUCUCGCAUCAAUAGCAUCCCGAUCCCUUCAGCCAUCCAAGACAAGUACCUCUCCUCUCGCUCUCCCGUCGCCUGUCAGCUUCGCAUCUCCCUCUUCGAUCUCUCCCAGAACGUCUUCUUUGGCAAGACGUGGAUCUGCCCGCUCGAUAUGGAUCUGCGCGUGUCGUUCCAACACUACCACAAGUACCACGAUCCUUCGCAAGACGGACCUCUGAGCGCCAUCCACAGGGACGCGGCCGGGCCAGGUCUGCCACAUUACCGCCCAAGCCAUCUGUCUCCAGAGACACCUCUUCAGGACAUGGUGGCUCUGGAAGCUCCCGCUCUUCAUCAACUUCGCCGCACGCCCAACGUUCUCGUGGUCGUCCACGAUUUCGGUCACCGUCACGAUCACGAUCGCAGUCUUCAUCUGAGUCUCGAUCGACCGGCUCUCGUCGCUCCUUGGACCGUCUCAGCUUCGAGCCGAACUGAGAGUUCGUCGAAUGAGUCUGAAUCGCCGAGCGUUCCCUCGUACAAGUGUGCGGUCAUUGGCCGCCGAGUCUCUGUGAGGCUCCGGAACCAGAGCUCGUUCUUCCAUACGCACGUUCUCUCCAAAAACGUGGUCCUGGUGGCCGAGUUUGUGUUCCUUGUCCAGCAAACAGCGUCGCUCCCCGAUCAAGACUCGGAGGGGUCAGCCUCCCAGGAUGGCAACAACAUGGGCGAUGGCUCUACGGCCACCAUGAUAUCGGCUGGCUGGACAUUUCUCCAUCUGUUUGAUCCAGCCAAGAAUGGCCUCAACGUGGCCCUGUUGACAAGCGAGAAGGGUGCCGCAGAUGGUACUAUCGUAGAUGGACCGAUGAUCACUGCUCCAAUCUACUCUGGUACGCCUCGCUCCCUCUACAUCAUUUCGUCAGCGCUCAUGAACUUGAAGGUCGUGCAGGCACCCCUUCCCGUCCUUGCCGGCUCGACUUUUUCGUACAAGCUCGUCUACCGCCCAGAUCUGUAUUCCAUAUGCGGACUCUGGAACGAACACAUCAUGAUCGACUGCACGGAUCCCGUCGCCGGCAUCGAGUUCUUCACGCCGCGAGAUCCUGUGGCUGCGCAAACGUCCAUCGGAUAUUUGUCCAACAUCUCCUUGACAUCGAGCAUUCCGGUCGCGCAAUUCGAAGAGGCCUUUCUCGCCGCCCUUGCCUUGUCCCACGCAAAGACAUUCCAGGAUCACACAGGCCCUGGUCCCGUCCAGGGCCAGAGUCAGAACCAGAGCCAGAGUCAGAGUCAGACCCCGCCCGAGAUUCUCGAGCGUCGGCUGCGCCUCGGCUUCCACAACGGACACAGGUUCAUGAACGACCCCAUCAUCGUCAAUCUGAACCCAGACGACUCGGCCGCCGCCCUGGUGUUCCACGGGAGCCUUGAAAUCGCGAGCUUUGAUCCGAACGAGAAGAUAGCUCUCGUCGCGAUCGCCGAAUACAAGGUUGCCUUUGUGGAGAAGGACCAGACCCGACGCAAGACAGGCGUAGGAGCGCUGCUCGAGAAGCUCAGCGGCCACGGCAAGCCAUCGGAUCGGCCAGAUGUCUCAAAGACCGUGGAGAAGCUUGUUUGCGUUGGCUGGACAGCCUGGGUCCCAGCCGAGCAGCCGGCUCUAUCGCCAAAUCUGCCCCUCAUAACCGCCACAAAUCUGAAUCCCGUCUUUGCUCUUGUGUACAACCCGGCCAGCCUGUCCGGUCCAGCAUUGGCAUCGACGGACAAGCUCGAUCGCACGCCAACACUAUCGCUUUCGUUCGACUUCAGCCACCAAAAUCCUUCCCUGAGCCCCGUGCUCGAUCCUGUGGCUCCGAGACCAAGCGUCGCUUCCGUCAAGCCAAGGCCGCUGCUCAUUGACGAAGCCACAUCGCCUCUCACUCUGAGCGAACAAGACGAGACCUCCAGCCAAGAGCUGGAAGUGCUCCAGCCCCGACCCUCUUCGCGGGCCUCUCAGCGACCCUCCAAAGCAGCGCGAGAGGACUAUGAGCCAGAUCUGAAGCCAGUUGAAACGACCAAGCAAUGGCAGCAGGCCCCUUAUCUGUUUCGGAGCCCCAAGAGCUACCCGUCGCGGCCCCAAAUCUCCAGAUCGGACAAGGCGCGCCUCCUAAAUGCUGGCUUUCCCGUCAUUCUGGACGAUCAAGGUCUCAAGCCUAUCCAGAUCGGACUUUCACCGGGUGACAUCAGUAACCUCCGUCUCGAUAUGGACGUCGAGUUUAGGGACCCAAUCCGACGAAACGAGCUCUGUCUAGGAUUCAUGGGCGUCAAACUGAACCAGAAUGCUCAGGAUCGUAUCACCGGCAAGUUCCCGUCCACCGUUGUUUUCUCCUACCAGUUUUACAACUUUCCUCAUGCCACCACCACACGCGUGGGAGUCUACACUGGUCCUCUACCUGCCAGACCGCCAACAGCGUCCGAGCAUCCCUUUCGGCCGACCUCCACCGGCGGCCAACGGCCACAGCGCCCCCACCCAGGCCACCACCGAUCGUCGUCUCUGCCAAACCACUCUCGGCGCUGGUCACAACAGUCACAUCUAUCGCAACAGUCGCUUCAAUCGCAUCAGCCUGUUCCGGCCACAGCCGAGAGAGAAUGCGAGUGCAUCUGGCCUGGCAUCCUAUACGAGCUCGAUCAACAAGGCGAGAUUGAUUACGACAGAGCCCCAGGUAUCCUUCACAGCUACCAGGUCGACCUCGAAGCCGACGCUCCAUCGACACUGAGCUCGAAUCGCUUCGGGCCGACGGCGUACCUGCACUAUCUCGGCUUCCGGACCAUGGUCAUCGAUUGCUGGGACGGUGACUCGAUGAUUUACCUCGGCAGCAGCACCGUACAAAUGUUCCCGGCCCUGCGCCAAGGCCGCCUUGCGGUUACCUUUGACGUCGAGGCUGACAUUGUGCACGAGAAGUAUCCCGACGACCCGAUCGCAAGCCCCGAGCCUGGCGAGGUUUCCAAGGUCGUGGGUGCGCUGUACCUGCGCAUCACACAUUUGGGACACGCUUCAGCGGCUGGAGCACAGCCCGACCGAUCGCUUUCUCCGACUUUGGCAACUCAGGCUGGUCGAGACGCCGUCGUUUUACACGAUUAUCACCAUGGCCUGCAGAAGCACGGGGAAGUCACACACUAUCCUCACCGACUGCCGGAGGUGGAUCCGGAGCUGUAUCAGAUUCUCUCCAAAGCGUACGAAGAGCGGCUCAAGAGCAACUCCGACACCAGUCCGCGACACUCUGGCUCGGCGGACAGCACAUCCACAGACAAGAAGGCCAGAAUUGCUCGUGUGCGCAAGUCCCUCAGAAACACGGGGCUUGAGAUAUCGGAGGCAUGCUAUGGCGAACAUCAGCUUGACAUGCGAGAUAUGUUUACGUAUCAAAUGAGUCGAAAAGAUCGCCAGCGAGACCUGCAGACCAUCGACAUGGUCCGCAGCAGAAAGCGACGAACAGCCCUCGACAGCCACCUGCGGCGGCAGAUUCUCAGCCGACACACCGUCCGAGCCACCUUUGGGCAGGCUCACUUUUUCGAAUUCUUGCUGCAGAAUCCGUACAGCCACGAGAGCACUUUCCGGAUCGUGUGGGACGACCAGGAGCUCAGGCUUGUGACGGACGCUGCCGAGUGGCGCUACUUGCGCCGAAUCCACUCGAUCCGGAGCGGCAUCGACGAGAGGAUUGUGUCCUUUGCUUCGGACGGUGUACCUGAGGUUUACAUGCUGCCAAACGAGACCAUCCCGGUUGCCUUUGUGUUCCAGAGCUUUCUCAGCGGCUCGGUCACAUCCAUGUCUCCAAGAUCAGACGAGCUGCAGGACUCGGUCUUUGGCAUGGAUCUCCACGAUGGGAUUCAAGCGCGGGUCAUCAAUGUGUCGUUCCUCAAUCCCUCCAACACCCCUAUCGCACUGUUGGAUCUCGCCAUCCAGCCACAGAACUACUUUGUGGACCGGUCGCUGCGCCUCUUCCGGUCAGAAAACGAAAAUCUGUACAAAGAGAUCAGAUUCUCGUUCGGCUCAAUGGCCCACGCAAACAUUCUCUCGGCGACUGAAGGAGUCAGCACCGUGUACAACUCUGCCAGUCCCAGUCAAAAGUAUGUCGUUUGCCACGACACCGAUGUCAUAUGCGGGCUCAACGAGGUUGCGCACGGCAAGGGCAAUGUCUCGCAGCUCCACUUCCGACUGCGUGUCGGGCCGGCUCCAGAAGUACGGUCCAUCUACUUGCUCUUCUACGACGAUCCUUUCAACGUCUCCCUAUUUGAGAUCUGGAGGGUCGUUAUCCACUCGCUCCACCGCCUGGAUCUCAACUGCACCAUGGGCCAAACCAACAUUGCCUCGCUCGUGCUCCGGGGCUCGAACUACUCCCGCACCGUCGAAUGCUGCACCGAUCGAUCGGAUGAGCUGAUGGUAAUCACGCCUUCGCCAUUCACGCUGACAGCAGGCUCCCUCAACGAAAUCAGUCUGGCAGUGCGGCCGCAGAGCGGGACUGCCUCCGAAAUCUUGCUCAGCAUUAUUGAUUAUGAAAACCGAAGCCUAGUCAGCAGCUGGAUCGUCGUGACCCACUGCAAAGCGCCGCAUAUCACAAAGUCGUUUGAAAUCUCGAUUCCGCGCGGACGGGCUGUCAAUAAGCGAGUGUCUUUCAAAAAUCCGUACCCGCAGCCCAAGGUGUUCUUCCUCAAGACUGACAACGACAAACUGCUGCAAUUCAAGGACACAGUUAUCGAGCUCGAGAGUGGCCAGAGCCAGUACAUUGGCCUGCGCUUCGCUCCCACGAGCCUCAUUGCUGCCGAGAUCCUGAUCUUCCUCAAUGACGAGCACGAUCAGAUCGAGGAGUGCUUGCGAGUGAAUGUAAAAUACAUUGACAAGAUUUAGCGUCGC